GAUAUGACACCUUUCACACAUGGAGCUGCAGACAGAGUUCGUCAGUUUGGAGAUCAUAUAGGUGUAACUGACCGAUACACAGGAUACAGAAACAACCUCACUCGGGGUACCAGAGACCCUUUCAAGCUUGGAACCAGCUGGAUGGACAAAAGCAUUCAGGGGGGACAACUAAGAAGCAGUUUUGCUAGAUCCAACACAUUUGCUGCCCCCUCCAUGGCUGAAGCUAGAACUAUGGCAGCCCCCGGCAGUGCCAAAGUUAGAUUCGGAACAACUCAACCAGGCAAAGUUGAUGUCAGAGGUUAUCAGACAGUUGACAGUCUAUACCCUCGUAGUAAUACAAUGUUUGUUGAUGAUGCAGCUAGUCGUAGCCAGGCGCUGGCAAACCUUAAAGCAGCUAAUGCUCUAAACGCCAGCACGUCAAAUUCUCAAGCAUUCACUGCCAUGCCUCGCGGUCACAAAAACCUGUCCGUACAGGAACAAGCUGGAAUUAACACAACAUACCCAGGUAGGACGGAAUAUAUGACCAGGUACAAGAAGCCACCACAAGAUGUAAAGACCAGCGACUUUAUUGUUAAUCCAACACCAAACUUCAUGCUGCAUGGACGCCCACUAGGACUAACAACAUAUUCUCCCAGCUUUACUGAAUACCAAACAAGAUAUGAAUGGCCAGACGGCAAUAAAAUAGUAAAAUUACCAUGGAGAAGAAACUAAAAUGACAAGUUAUAAUUUAAGAGUAUUGCUUUCUGCCAAAGACUGUCAUAUUUUGAAAUGCAAUAGAACAAUAUGGAAAAAAUUAUUACCUUUUUACUGAUAUUGAUUGUUAAUCUUUUUUUCUUAAAUUAUAUAUUUUUUUCAACUGAAAUUUCUCUAUUAUAUAGGGUACUUUUUUGUGAAAAUUUUCUAUUUUAUAACAUGUUUUUAGUAAAGUUCACAGUACCAAUUUUAAAAAGAAAAUGACUUAUUUGCUUUAUAAAUCAAUAUGAUGUAUUGGACCAGUUUGUUAAUUAAACAUUAAUAUUUAAAAUUGUAGGUCUUUAAAAAGAUCUAUCACAAAUCCUUUAUCUACAUAGAACAUAUAAUAAAUAUUUGUCAGCUUAGCAAAUCUUUAUGUUUUUAAAUCAGAAUUAUUUUUAUCUGCUCAAGCAGACAUGUUUUUAUCAGUCAGUAUUAAUAGAUUAUAUUUUACUGUUGUUAUACCAGUUUACUGUGAUAUAUAUAUAUUUACAUGCAUAAUAUACAGAAUAAAGUUGCAAAAUACCUAAUGUCUAAGUAUUAUAUAGAUAUAUAAAAAAUUUUAUAUUCUUUUCUAAAUUUCCUUCUGAUGGUUUUAAGAUUUGAAUAUUUCACUUUCGUUAAUCUUAAGACUUUAAUUGUGUAGGGAUUUUUAGAUAAAUUUAUUUAUACACUCAUUCCUUUGAUAAUUGUCAACAAAGGGACAUAACAAUGACAUAUUCAGUUGUCUUUUUUAAAUGAUUGAUGAUUGUUAUGAAUAAACAUUCUAGAUUUUCAGCACAACUUCUUUAAAACAUCCUAAUUUUUCAUUUAUUUAAUACAUCUUUCAUGUGUAUUGUUUUCAUUGACUUGUUUCUAAUAUAUUACACAGAUCAGGGUUAAUUGCUUUAUACAGUAGAUAUUAGUUAUAAUGUCAUUCUACAUUUCAAAUUAACACAUUUUUCCUGGAGAGAUGCAUGACAUUUGUCUGUCUUGUAAACAAUGCCUAUUUUCUGGACUAUGUAUUACCGAAAGCAUUUGUUUUGUAUGUGAAUUUGUUGUUUUAUAUGUAAUAUUUUUGAAGAGAAUUUAUUUGUUGAAGUUUUUUUGUAUGUAAAUAUAUGAGAAAAUCAUCUAAGCAUGUCAUUAUAACAUAUGACAUUGAAUAGAUUGAUAUUUGCUUUAAGGUUUUUUAUUGUAAUGCUUUACUUCUUUACCAUAAAAAGAAUUGUUUUGACAUGGAAUAACUUCUAAAAGUCUUAUCAGAAUACAUGAAUACAUGUAUACAUUUUAUUUAAAUCAAUAGUCUUACAAUUUUGUGGGACAUUUUCUUGCUAUAUAUAUUUUUCUUAUUCUUAAAACAGUAUCAAUGUAUUCAAUGUUACAAUCUGUAAAUGCUGUUUUAGUGAACUUAAUAAUAAUCUUGCACUUUUGUGUGAAAUUUGCACCCUACAUCUAUACCUUUGUUACAAUUUUGUAGAUCAGUUUAAUGUUAAGAAAUAUUUCUGGAAAAAAAAUAUGAUCAAAGUAAA